AUGGAAGAACAUUGUUCAGUCAUAUGCGGCGAAUGGCGCUGCUUUUCAGUAGGGCAUUGGGAUUUCCUGGUGGAUAAGAGCUUGAUGUCCUGGGUUGUUGUUGUUUUCGUGGGGAUUAGCCUCGCUGAUUUGAAGAAACGUGUUGUCACAGAGUUUUUCCCGGAUGGCAAAUCUUCCCUUACAGUCACCAGGGGGAAUAAGUGUGAUGAUUUGAAUGGGAACGCCAAAACAGGGUGCUCUAUUUCUGUUGGGCUCGGAAGCUGCUCAUCUAGGGGUCCUGCCACUGUUGAUGUUGGAAGUCUUUGA